CCAGGCAAGACGGUACCUUCUAGUCAAGACACGGUGCUCUCCUGGGGAAUAGAUGACGACAUCGGCAAACACCGCGGCUUUUUCGUGUUAUGUCGGUGUCGGACUCGGAGUACCCUAAUUGUAACUCUUCGUUUUUAAGUUAUCGUGUUCUAGCCAAAACGAUGCCCAAAGAUUCAAUCCUAUUGUCUGAUGGUGGACUCGGCACUACUCUAGAAGAUCACUUCCAUCUCCCGAUCUCGCACACCCCAUUGUGGUCAGCGCGUAUCAUCCUUGAUGCACCAAAUACCCUGCAACAAGCUCAUCUUGCGUUCCUCGAGGCUGGAUCGAGGGUCCUUCUCACAGCGACGUACCAGGCUGCAUUCGAAUCAUUCGACCGUGCAGGGUACACUCGUGAAAUCGCUACCGAGGCUAUGCGCAAUGCCGUUGACAUAGCAGACAAAGCCAGACAUCAAUUUUGUAAGGAACAUCUUGAUGUCAGCCCGAAGGAUAUUCGUAUCGCCCUCUCCCUUGGACCCUUUGGCGCUGUACUUGCCCCUAUGCAAGAUUUUGGUGGGAUUUACCCUCUUCCAUACGGACCACGAGCACACAGCGACACGGAGGAAAAUACGACAUCUUUCGGAGAUGAUAUUGAAGGCAAGAAUAACUCCAUAAAGGCGUUGACACGCUUUCACGAGGAUCGACUUCGGGUGUUCACGUCUGAUAAAGAGACGUGGGACAAGGUCGAUUUUGUUGCGUUUGAGACGGUGCCGCUGGUGAGAGAGGUAGAGGCGAUCAGGCGAGCAAUGGAUAAUAUGAAGGAGAUCAUCAGUCCCAAACCUUGGUGGAUCACUGCGACGUUUCCCAAUGGCAAGUACCCAGAGACUCGGCAACCUGGAGGGGAUCACUAUACCGCUAGCGACGCGGCAACCGCUAUGAUACGCAGCGACAACAAUAUGCCAGUACCAAAUGGUAUUGGAAUCAAUUGCACGGCGCUCAAGUAUAUUCCGGGGUUACUCCAAGACUUUGAACGCGUGAUGGACGGGAAUAAGAAACUGUUUCUAGUGUUGCACCCGAACGGAGGGGGCGGAUUUGAUUUGUCUGCUCAGGCAUUCCGAGAGCCCGAGGAGAGUGAUCUAUGGGCAGAGGAUCUGGCCAGCCUCGUCAAAGAGGCCAAGGGGAGGGGUUGGAACGAGAUCAUAUUUGGCGGUUGCUGCAAAACUGGACCAGGUGACAUCAAGGCUCUUGGGGAGGCGUUCAGUGAGGAGUAGGAUAGGGUGUGACAAAGCUAAACGGAGGUAUCCUCUGCAGGUCAAUCUGUGGUAAUUGACAUACCUUGCCUGAUCCUGGUAGGUAGAGUUCUUGGCCCGGGUAGCGACUCGGAGGUGGAUAAAAUAGGCAUCUCUAUGUACCUACCAUAUCGGCCAGACAAAAAAGGGCAACAAAGGGGCAGUGUUUCAACAACGUCUGUAACAUGCUCCGAUCAACCACAUU